UGGUGGUGGGCAGCAUGCCAGCCGGGCACGCAGGCAGCAGCUUCCAACGCCUCCCGCUGUCCCCAACGCGAUGGAGAGGGCUGGCCUCCCGCUCUGCCUCCUGGCACUGCUCUGGCCGUGCCUGCCACAGGGAAGAACAGGAAGCAUCCCUGAAGCCCUGCUUUUCAUAUCCACUCUGGAUGGGAGUCUGCACGCUGUUAGCAAGAAAACUGGUGAUAUUCAAUGGACCCUAAAGGAUGAUCCCAUCAUCCAGGGGCCUGUCUAUGCUACAGAACCAGCCUUUCUCCCUGACCCCAGUGAUGGCAGUUUGUACAUCUUAGGAGAAGAGAGCAAACAGGGUCUCAUGAAACUCCCUUUCACCAUCCCAGAGCUGGUACAUGCCUCCCCCUGCCGCAGCUCAGAUGGUGUCUUCUACACAGGAAGGAAACAGGAUACAUGGUUCAUGGUGGACCCCAAGUCAGGCAAGAAACAGACCAUGCUAUCCACAGAGGCAUGGGAUGGGCUCUACCCCUCGGCUCCUCUUCUAUACAUUGGCCGCACACAGUACACGGUCACUAUGUAUGACCCCAGAUCCCAGGCCCUUCGAUGGAACACUACCUACAGAGGCUACUCUGCACCCCUCCUUGACCACUUGCCUGGUUACCAGGUGGGCCAUUUUGCAUCCAGUGGGGAGGGCCUGGUGGUCACCGUGGACAAGGAGAAUGGAACAGUUCUAUGGACACGUGACUACGGCUCCCCCGUAGCGGGUAUUUAUGCCUGGCACCAAGACAGUCUGCACCGGCUACCCCACCUCACCAUGGCCCUGGACACCCUGCGCUUCCUCACCCUUCGUUCCAAUCAUAUCCGCCUGAGGUGCUGGGCCCAGCCUCCUGGAACAGCAAACAGGGACUUUUCUACUUCCGAGACUCAGUUGCUGCUGACACUGUACGUGGGGAAGCAUGCAGCCAGUUUCUAUGCUUCCAGUGCACUGGUCCAUGCGGGUGUGGCACUAGUGCCCCGGGGAGUCACCCUGGCCCCAGUAAAAGGACCCACCACAGAGGGGGUGACUCUAAGUGACUCAGGAGAGCGUGAGGUCACACCCAGCACAGCUGUCAGAUACCCUCCCGGCAGUAUAACUGCUCUCCACAGCUCAUGGCUUCUCAUUGGUCACCAUGAGCUUCCCCCUGUUCUACACACCACCAUGCUGAGGGUCUUCCCUCCCUCGGGGUCUGGGACAACAGCUAAGCUCAGCCCUUCCGAUGGUGCCCCACCAGGUCCUCUCUUCCAAGAGCUUCUUAGCCUGAGCCAGGAGGUGACGUGGGGUUUAGAGAGGCUGCCAGGGCCCCAGCCUGAGCAGAGACCCCAAGAUCUGUACCCAGGCUCUGGGUUUCGAGACAUACUGGUAGCCGGCCUCACCACCCUCCUGCUUGGUGGCUGGAUCAUCUUUCUUCUGUGUCAGCGCAUACAAGAGAAACAUUAUGGUCCAGUGGGAAUUCCAAACCCCUGCCCUUCCCAGGACCCACUUCCUCUGCCCCCGGGGGCAGCCUUGAACAACCAAGGAACCUCUUGGAGAUCUCCUGCCAUCACUCCAUCCUCCUCUGAUCCCAAACACCCCACCUGCAAGGUCCAUUCCAGCCAGAGUGCCCCAGAACCUGGAGAUACUGAAGCCCCAGAUGAAGAGCUCACUGUGGUGGGAAAGAUCUCCUUCAACCCUAAAGAUGUAUUGGGCCGUGGUACAGGUGGCACCUUUGUGUUCAGGGGCCAGUUUGAAGGGCGAGCAGUAGCUGUGAAACGGCUAUUGCGGGAAUGUUUCAGCCUGGUGCAUCGGGAGGUACAGCUGCUCCAGGAGUCGGACUCCCACCCUGGCGUGCUACGUUACUUCUGCACUGAGCGGGGACCUCAGUUCCAUUACAUUGCUUUAGAGCUCUGCACAGCUACCCUACAGGAGUAUGUUGAAAAUCCUGCCCUGGAUCGCUUGGGCCUUGAGCCGGUGGCCUUGUUGUACCAGCUGACAUCUGGCUUGGCCCACCUACACUCUUUGAACAUAGUUCACCGAGACUUGAAGCCCUGUAACAUCCUCAUCACGGCCCCCAACAGCCAGGGCCGGAGCCGGGCUGUCCUCUCUGACUUUGGCCUCUGCAAGAAGCUGCCAGCUGGACGACACACCUUCAGCCUCUGCUCCGGCAUUCCGGGCACCGAGGGCUGGAUGGCCCCAGAGCUCCUACAAGAUGCACCCCCCCAAAGUCCUACCUGUGCCGUGGACAUCUUCUCAGCAGGGUUGAUAUUUUACUACGUUCUCUCAGGUGGGGAGCAUCCAUUUGGGGACAGCCUACACCGACAGGCCAACAUCCUUGCUGGGGCUGUUCAUAUGGACCACUUUGAGGAGGAGACACAUGAAAAGGUAAUCGCCAAAGAACUAGUGGAGGCCAUGUUGAGCCCUCGGCCCCAGCUUCGACCUUCAGCCCAAUCAGUGCUGGCCCAUCCCUUUUUUUGGAGCAGAACCAAGGAGCUUCAAUUCUUCCAGGAUGUCAGUGACCGAGUGGAGAAGGAGGCUGCUGAGGGGCCUUUGGUGAUGGCUCUGGAAACUGGAGGCAAGGUCGUGGUCAGACAAAACUGGCACAGUCACAUCUCUGGACCGCUGCAGUCAGACCUGAGAAAGUUCCGAUCAUACAAAGGGACAUCUGUUCGCGAUCUUCUGCGGGCCAUGAGAAACAAGAGGCACCACUACCAGGAGCUGCCCACGGAAGUGAGGCAGGCCCUUGGCCAGGUGCCUGAAGAGUUUGUGCAGUAUUUCACAUCUCGCUUUCCCCAGCUGCUUCUGCACACAUACAAAGCCAUGGGCAGCUGUGCGUCCGAGAGUCUUUUCCAGCCCUACUAUAGGACAGAGGACAUGGGGGUAAAAAAGACAAGGCCCCAGACUGCAGAGGAAACAGCUGAGCAAGGCCCUGAUGGAACAGCCCCGUGAAGGACAUCUGCCAAGGAGGGGAUGAAGCCAGAGCAGCACACCAGCGUGUGGCCCAACUCCAACAUGCUAAAACAUGGCGGGGGGGGGGGGUUUCUGAGAUCCAAAAUGCAAAGAACUCACUUCCCUCAGUUUGGCUUGGGGGGAUUCCUCGUUUAUCUCUGCUUAGCUGAGGAAUACCUCCCUGUUGGCUUCCUCUCAGCUCCCAGCAGACGACUGCCAGAAAGCCCCUUAAAACUCCCAGUGACUUUUCAUCUGAGCUUUACAACAUUGUGAGAUAGAGACUAUUAAUUCGUUCCCAUUUCUCUAUUAUUAGAAGCCAAGGCUCAGAAAGCUACAGUUCAUGUCAAAGAUGAGACUGAAGGAAUUUGGAUCUUCCUGACUCUCUACCGAAUGUAACAUAUGGUCUCUCAAGAGUCUCUUCUCUCCCAGGCAGGGAGGAAGUAAUGGGAGCUGUGGUGGACAUCCUUAGUCUGGAUCCCCUGGUGCUCCACUUGUGGUCCAGUGCAAUCACCAAUGACUGGUGUCCUGCUACAAAUAAAACCCUGCCCCACAGCCUA